GGGUCGCGGCUGGGGCCGGGAAGGCGGCGCCGGUGCGGCGGGGCUGGGGGACGCCAUGGCCUUGCGCUGGGGGGGGUGGUGGUGGCGGUGGAGGUGCGGAGCCUCCGCCCGCCGGGCGCCGCCACCGCUGCCGCCGCCUCACGGCUCCGUGCCGGGACCCGGCUCCCGGUCCUCGCCGCCGGCCCUCGGGGGGGCGAUGUGUCACUUUGCACAAAGAAGCUCAGUGUUGUCAUUUCCAAAACUAUGUAAUAUAUUUUGGCGGUUUCAUCAUACAAGUACAUCCCACAUGUGCAGCUGCAGUAAGACAGUUAGUGAUGAAAAAUACCAAGACCCUUUUCAACUUGGUAGAAAAGACUUGAAGAAUCUCUAUGAAGAUAUUAAAAAGGAAUUACUUGUAUCUACAGCAGAACUUAGGGAAAUGUGUGAAUAUUACUUUGAUGGGAAAGGAAAGGCCUUUCGACCAAUGAUUGUGGUGCUAAUGGCAAGAGCUUGCAACAUUCACCAUAGUAAUUCCAGGGAGGUGCAAGCAAGCCAACGCUCUGUAGCCAUAAUUGCAGAGAUGAUCCACACAGCUAGCCUAGUACAUGAUGAUGUUAUCGAUGAUGCAAAUUCUCGUCGAGGCAAAAUGACAGUCAACCAAAUCUGGGGAGAGAGGAAGGCUGUUCUAGCUGGUGAUUUCAUCCUGUCAGCUGCUUCCCUAGCUUUAGCACGAAUUGGAAACACUACUAUCAUCUCUGUUCUAACUCAGGUGAUUGAAGAUCUGGUGCGUGGUGAAUUCCUCCAGCUGGGUUCCAAGGAAAAUGAGAACGAGAGAUUUGCUCACUACCUCGAGAAGACUUUUAAGAAGACUGCGAGUCUUAUAGCAAACAGUUGUAAAGCAGUUUCAAUUCUAGGCUGCCCUGAUCCCAAAGUUCAUGAGAUUGCAUACCAGUACGGAAAAAAUGUUGGCAUAGCUUUUCAGCUAAUAGACGACGUGCUGGAUUUUACAUCAUGUGCUGACCGUCUAGGCAAACCAGCGGCAGCGGAUCUCAAGCUUGGAUUAGCCACAGGCCCUGUCUUGUUUGCUUGUCGGCAGUUUCCAGAAAUGAAUGCAAUGAUAAUGAGACGAUUCAGUAAACCAGGAGAUGUUGAACGUGCUCGGAAAUACGUGUUGCAGAGUGAUGGUGUGCAGCAAACGACCUACCUCGCCCAGCGCUACUGCCAUGAAGCUACAAGAGAGAUCAGCAAGCUGCGACCAUCCCCUGAAAGAGAAGCCCUCAUCCAACUGACAGAAAUGGUACUCAUGCGAGACAAGUGAGAGAACUCCUUCCACUCGUUCUGGCAGCUACUUACCAGACUGUGCCUAAAUUUACUUCAAAAGUUACCUGCUUCCAACACAGGCUACCAAAAAUUAUUUUUUUAAGAAGCUUUUUUUUUGGGGGGGAAGUUCUACUUUUUUUUCUAAAAAUAUAAAAUUAAAGUGUUUUAUUGUAGGAAACCAUACAGAUUGUGCUGUACAAGUUUUAGUGGGGGGCUAUUAAUUGUGGGGUUGGGAAAGAUGUUUACAUGUUGAUGCACGGAGGCCACAAAUGAGAAUAAAAACAAAUCAGUGUAUGGAAACUGAA